AGCCCCGCCUGACUCUUUUCAACAUUGUAGCGGUGUCAUCUACAAUCAAUUUGUGCCUUUGUGCGAGUACAUUAUUAUAUUUAUCAGAUGUGAAAUUUAUUAUUUAAUUAAUUUAAUAAAAUUAAUUUCUCCAUCUCAAUUUUAAAUUAUUUGUUCUUAAUCAAUUUUAAUUUUAACGAGUUGAUGCGAUUGAAGUAUGGCCAUGUGGACGACAUUUACAAAUUCAGGAACUUCGGAUCCAAGUCGAGAAUCAGGUUUAGGAAGUGAUUCAGAUAACAUGGCUGAAUUGGCACAGCUUUUACAAGCUGAUAUACCAGAAGGUCGUAACAGUUUGUCAGACAGUCAUGUAAAUUUAGAACGUGUUGCUGAAUACUGUGAGGGAAACUAUUUUCAAGCUGAGAAUAAAAGAUUGGCUUUAGAAGAAACAAAAAACUAUACUACCCAGUCAUUAGCUAGUGUUGCAUAUCAAAUAAAUACACUAGCUUAUAACUUUUUGCAAUUAUUGGAUCUUCAAACAGUUCAACUAUCUGAAAUGGAUAGUCAAAUCAACCACAUUGCUCAAAAUGUAAUGAUUCACAAAGAAAAAGUUGCUAGACGAGAAAUUGGUGUGUUAACAGCAAAUAAAACGACCAACCGUCAAUAUAAAAUUAUUGCACCAGCUAAUCCAGAAAAACCUAUUAAAUAUGUUAGAAAACCAAUUGAUUUUACAGCACUUGAUGAUAUUGGCCAUGGUGUUCGUAAUACUCCUCGUAUGGUCCGUCAACCAAUUUCAAACAGUUCCAGUGCUUCAACUAAUAUGUCAUCUGUUGGUCCUGCUCCUACAAUCAAACCACCUACUCCUCCAGCGGUAAUACGAGCUACUGGAUCAUUGAGUAAAGGGUCUCGUGAAUAUCGUACACCUCCCGCUGUUGCUCCACCUCAAGUUCCCAGUCAUUAUGCUCCUAAUUAUCCUCUUGGCCAUGUCAGACGCGAAAAGGGACCUGGUUAUAAUACUCUGCCUCUACAUCACACAUCCUCAUCUAGUAGCAUACAACCAUCUCCAAUCAUUGGCAUGGUACAUCCAAUGCAGCAGUCUGAACAACCAUCAUCUUUAAAUUCUAUGCCUCCUCCGCCAUCUCCUCAUACAUUAAAUACAAGAAUGGGAGUUGGACCAGAUUUGUUGGAUCAUCAUCUUCAUCAGGCUCCUUUUUCAUCAAAUACUGACCACUACCGUUCAAAUAGUUCUCAACAGUCAUCUACUGAUCAUUAUCGUUCAAACAUUCCUCAACAAUCAUCUACAGAUCAUUAUCGCUCAAAUACAUCGCAAUUAUCAUCUACUGACCAUUAUCGUUCAAAUUUAUCUCAACAAUCAUCCACUGAUCAUUACCGUUCAAACAUCCCUCAACAGCCAUCUGCGGAUCAUUAUCGCUCAAAUAUUCCCCAGCUAACAUCCACUGACCACUACCGUGCAAAUACCUCACAGUUACCAGGUAUCUUAAAAAACUCAUCACAAUAUCAUUCUUCAUCAGCUGUAGUCACUUCCCCUCAACAACAACAUACUAGACAAGCGUCAGCUUCUCCACCAUUGCCACCACCUCCAGAAGAUCAUUUUGGUCAUAUUGCUGCUGGUCCAAUCGUACCCCAAGAACCUGAUCUUCCUGGAUGGGUUCCUAAGAAUUAUUUGGAAAAAGUAAUUGCAAUUUAUGAUUAUUAUGCUGAUAAAGACGACGAAUUAAGUUUUCAAGAAAAUUCAGUUAUUUAUGUCUUAAAGAAAAAUGAUGAUGGUUGGUGGGAAGGUGUAAUGGACGGCAUUACAGGCUUAUUCCCAGGAAAUUAUGUUGAAGGUUGUAAAUAAAACACGUUUACAUUUACUGUUAAAAGCUUUAAUAUAAAUUUAAUAUUAUUACUACCUACACUAACAAUAUAAUAACAUGGUAAAUUUUAUUAAAGAGCUAUAAACAAAAUCAGUUUAAGCUUAAAUUUAAAAUUUAAUUAUGUAAUUACAA